UGUAACUUGUCGUCUUUUCAAUAUUAAUUAAGUGCCUUUUACUACAUGCUGUGAUCGUUGUGUUGAAGAGUCUAGAAAUUUCAUUAGUUUAAAAGGGAAUGUUCCUUCAUAUGCUCCAAUACAUUCACGGCUUUUGUGUUCUCAUCCUCCCACUAUUCUCGCCUUGUAUACCUUUUAAACCUACCAUUUUUACUAUCAGUAUCAGACGGCCAUCGCAGAGUGUUGUUCAUCGAAAAAUCGGACAGCAAUACAUUCGGAACUAUAAGACAAAGUUUCACAACCGUUUCGAUUGUUGAAUUAGAAUAAUUUAACGAAAAUGCAGAGAAUAACCAUUUCGGUAGUUGUACUUGCAGCGUUGGUGUAUUAUGUAACUUUCGCGCCUCCAAACAAAUAUUUGAUUGACAUUAAUCCAGUAGCUUACAGUGCCAAACCUGUUAAUAUUUUCGAUGGUCCCAUUAAACCAAAUAACAUUCUUUCGAAAGCUGAACACCUGCUAGUCAAUGACAUUCAUGGUCCCGAGUCACUCGUCUAUAAAAAUGGUCAUCUCUACGCCACAACUUUUGGCGGAAUGGUGGUUCGUAUUGAGGGCUCAAGAAUUGUUCCAAUAGCAAAAAUUGGUGAUGGCAAAUGCGAUGUUCCAUCGAAAUUGAGCGAAUGCGGAAGACCACUGGGCCUAAGAUUUAACUCAAGGGAAACGCUUUAUGUGGUAGACGCGUACCAUGGUCUGUAUUCGAUUGAUUCAAUCGACACGUUGGAUCGUAAAGUUACUCAGUUGUUGCCCCUUUCUGCGACUCGAAAUCUCAAAGGAGGGGAAUCCAAGUUUUUUGACGAUAUUACUGUUGAAGAGGGUGCUGGAAAGAAUGGAGGCGACGUCAUUUACAUCACUGAUGUUGGCACGAAAUGGGACUUGUCGGCGUUUAUAAACAUCAUCAUUGAGCAAGAAAACAGUGGACGAUUGUUGCGAUUCGAUACUGACACAAAACAAGUGACGGUGGUUGAUGCUGGCUUUGUUUUUCCGAAUGGAGUACAAAUUACGGAUGAUGAGAAUUCGGUAUUAGUGUGUGAACUGGGUAAACAGCGAAUUCUACGGAUUUUUAUCAAUGGUCCAAAAUCUGGUAAAACUGAAAUUUUUGCCAAUCUUCCUGGCGAGUGCGAUAACAUCAGGAGAAGUGCAAAUGCUAAGACGGAAACUUAUUGGGUUGCAUUACCGACAGUGAAAGACUCGUCGAAUCUUACGAUGUUUGACCGAGUUAUGGAGAGUCCACUUAUUCGAAGAUUUUUAUGCCGAUUCUUUAACUUAUCGGAAAUAAUCGUUGAAACGAUGGGCGAAUUGUUUUAUUCGGAAAGUUUGAAGUCUGCAGGUCACUUGUUUAAAAACGGUAUGCUUGCCUUGCUGUUUCAUGGCUCUGCAGUGAUUGCUGAAUAUGACGCUAAGGGGCAAAUUUUGGCUGCAUAUUUCAGUACGACAGACGAAAUUGGAUAUUUGUCGGAAGUUACCGAAGUUUUGGGUGACAAUGGAGAACGAAUAUUGUAUCUCGGAUCAUUUUUGAAUAAUUUCUUGGGGAAGCUAGUCCUUAAAUGAUAAUUGACCAAUCGAUGGGAAAAUGUUAAUAAAGGUUAUGAUCAAGGCA